AUGGCUGCAGCGAGCUUCCUCUACCUAAUCAUCCUAGCUACAGCCUCCUCCGUCAACUGCGCGAACCAAGCAUCCAAUGGGAGCUGCUUCCCGGCCGAGAAGGCCGCGCUGCUCUCUUUCAAGGCCGGCAUCACAGGCGACCCGGCGAAUCUCCUCACAUCAUGGCGGCAGGGACACCACGACUGCUGCCAGUGGAGAGGCGUCACCUGCAGCAGCCGGACAGGCCACAUCGUCAAGCUCGACCUCCGCAACAAAUCUCCAACGGAAUAUGAAUUGUAUGGUGACCAGGACCCUAAGAGCCACUCGCUGCGCGGACAGGUAUCUCUGUCGUUGCUUGCUCUCAGACGUCUCAGGUAUCUAGAUCUGAGCAUGAACUUUUUUCUCGGAGAUACAAUGGCUAUGCCGGGAUUCCUAGGCUCUCUCAAGAGUUUGAAGUAUCUCAACCUCUCCAACAUGGAUUUCAAUGGUAUAAUACCUCCUCAGCUAGGCAACCUAUCCAAACUAGUACACCUUGACAUAGGAAAUGAGCACAACUCCAAUUAUCAAUACUCAAAGGAUAUAUCUUGGUUAGCGCGUCUCCAGUCGCUAGAGCAUCUUAAUAUGGCAUGUAUCAACCUCAGCAGAGUCGAUGACUGGUUCCAUACGGUCAACGCCCUUCCCAAUUUGGGUGUACUGGUUCUCAGUUAUUGUGGCCUUAAUAUGAGUAAUGCACCGUCAUCACUUCUACACCACAACCUUACAGUUCUUGAGGAGCUUGACUUAUCUGGUAACCCUUUGAACAGGCUGUCUGCAUCCAAUUGGUUCUGGGAUGUUAUUAGCCUCAAGAGUCUAAACGUAGCGUUAUGUGAAUUAUCAGGAACGUUUCCUGACGAGUUGGGAAACUUGACCUUGUUAGAGAACUUUGAUAUAUCAUAUAACUAUAUCAACCUGAUGAUGCCAGGAACACUGCAAAAUAUGUGCAAUCUAACCUCUCUAGAUCUCAGCGGCAACAACAUCAACGGGGACAUAAGAGAGGUGAUAGACAUGAUACCCAGUUGUUCAUGGAAGAAUUUGCAAGAGCUGAAGGUGUUCGAUACCAACAUCUCUGGCAUGACAUUACAGUUUGUGUCAAAUCUAAGUAGCUUAAGGAUGCUUGAGAUUGGGCACAACCAGUUGAGCGGUUCAGUGCCCAUGGAGAUUGGUAUGCUAACAAAUUUGAGUUACAUCGACCUUUCAAACAACAUCUUGAGUGGUUCAUUGCCUGUGGAGAUUGGCACGCUUACAGAGUUGACCUACUUAGACCUUUCAAACAACAACUUGAGUGGUUCAUUGCCUGUGGAGAUUGGCACGCUUACAAAGUUGACCUACUUAGACCUUUCAAACAACAACUUGAGUGGUGUGAUAUCAGAAGAUCAUUUUGCUAGUUUGGUGAAUUUAAAAAACAUUUACCUGUCUCCUAGUAAUUUGGAAUUCGUUAUUGGCUCUCACUGGGUACCUCCAUUCAACUUGGAAAUGGCAUUGUUUUCAUCUUGUUAUUUGGGUCCCAAGUUUCCUAAAUGGCUUAGAUGGCAGAAGGGAAUUGACACACUCGAUCUUUCGGACACAGGCCUAGUUGGUAGGAUCCCCAAUUGGUUUUGGACAACCUUUUCCGAGGCUUCUUCUUUGGACAUAUCCUUGAAUCAACUUACUGGCGAGUUACCACCCAGUCUUGAGUUCAUGUCAGUGGUUGUGCUUUCAAUGCAGUCAAAUCUAUUGAUCGGUUUAAUACCCAACUUAUCAAGAACAGUUGAGAUAUUGGACAUAUCCAGAAAUUCCUUAAAUGGAUUUGUGGAGAAUUUCCGAGCUCCACAAUUAGAGGUUGCAGUUCUGUUUUCCAAUUCUAUAACUGGUACUAUUCCAACGUCAAUUUGUCGAUUGCACAAACUGCUGGUCUUGGAUCUUUCAAACAAUCUGCUUUCAAAGGAACUUCCUGAUUGUGGUAGAAGAGAGCUAGACCAAUGGAUUACAUCUAACAACAACUCUCCAAGAGUCAAUUCCACGAGUUCUUUCAGUUUGAAAAUCACUACACUCCUUCUAAGCAACAACAGUCUUUCAAGUGGAUUUCCUCUGUUUCUACGUCAUUGUGCAAGUCUUAUGUUCCUCGAUCUGGCUCAAAACAAAUUCACUGGGGAGUUACCUAGAUGGAUUAGCGAAGCCAUGCCUAGUUUGGUUAUGCUACGGUUAAGAUCGAACAACUUUUCUGGUCAUAUUCCAAUUGAAUUAAUGGCACUUCAGGUUGUUCGUAUUCUAGAUCUAUCCAAUAAUAAAUUUUCUGGGGCCAUACCACAAUAUCUGAAAAACUUGAAAGGUUUGACCGGCAAUGCUUUAGAUAGUGAUGAGAAUCCUUUUGAAGAAGCAUACGUUGAUCGGGAUGGAAUUACUCAUAUAGGAUUUUAUAGCGAUAGCUUCUCGGAGGUGAUAAAGGGACAAGUCCUUGAGUACAGGGAAACUCUAUAUUUGAUGACCCUUGAUUUAUCUUGCAACAGUUUAACUGGAAAAAUCCCAAAUGAAAUAAGCUCCCUUACCGGUCUCAUAAAUUUGAAUUUAUCAUCAAACUUGUUGAGUGGAAAUAUACCACCUAAGAUUGGCAACCUUCGAUCACUGGAGUCUCUUGACCUCUCAAAGAACACACUUGGUGGUGGAAUUCCUCAGAGCUUGACAAAUUUGACAUACUUAAGCUAUCUUAACUUGUCAUACAACAAUCUGUCGGGAAGAAUACCCUCAGGACGUCAACUAGACAUCCUGAUGGCAGAUGAUCCAGCUUCUAUGUACAUUGGCAAUCCUGGUCUUUGUGGAGAUCCGGUUCCAAGGCAAUGUGCUGGUUCUCCUAGAGAUCCUCCAACUAGUGAAGAUUCAGCAAGAUGGUCUGAAGAUGUUUUGUUUCAAAUGGAUUUCCUUCUAGGAUCAAUUGUUGGUUUUGUAUUGGGCACAUGGAUGGUGUUUUGUGGACUUCUCUUCAUGAAGAGGUGGAGGUAUGCUUAUUUCGGGAAAGUCGACCAGCUGUAUGAAAGGUUGUAUGUCAUUUCCGUUGUUACUUGGAGGAAAUGCUUCAUGAACACGAACGGCAAUUAAUCAAGAAUCUACAGGAGUUAUUGUUCCUUACAAAGACGCUGAUGCUUGAAUAAAGCGGAUGAAGAACUUAUUGCAAUAUGUAACGUCAAACACUUCGCCAUUCACAUUAUUGUAAGCAAAUAUAUUUUUGUA